ACUUCAAGCGCGCAAACAUCGAGCAACCGCUGCCUUCAGUGAUUGUCAACCCGCAGCGGGAACGCGCGUUUGUGUCUGUCCCUCGCGUCACCCCGUAUCUGGAUCCGCGCAUGCGCCGGAGCCGAUGCCGCCGUCGAGUGUCCCUGUCGAUCACCUCCAUAACUUUAAGCGAUAGUUGCGCGGUUCGGCGCGAUGGCGUUUCAGUGUCAGAAACAAUGCUACUUGAAGGAGUUUGAGACCACUGUGAUAUCGUGUACUCCAGCAGAGCUGAACACCACAGUUAAUGGGAAGAAGGAUACUCUGAAAGGUUUUAACGUGAUCCUGGAGGACACAGUGUUAUUUCCAGAGGGAGGUGGGCAGCCAGAUGAUCGUGGGUUCAUUAAUGAUAUCCCUGUGUUAAGAGUGACACGGCAUGGAGCUGAGGCUAUUCACUUUGUGCAGUCGCCCUUGGAGCCGUUGUCCAAGGUUCACCUGAAGGUUGACUGGGAAAGACGAUUCGACCACAUGCAGCAACAUUCAGGGCAACAUUUAAUUACAGCCAUAGCAGAUUUGAUGUUUGGUUUCAAAACAACCUCAUGGGAGAUGGGUCGACAGCGCACUUCCAUUGAACUGGAUACAACUUCUGUGUCUCGCGAGCAGGUUGAAGUUCUGGAAAAGGUGGUAAAUGAGAAAAUAAGAGAGCACAUUCCUGUCAAUGUACGAGUUAUAUCUAUGGAUGAUCCAGAGAUAGAACAGGUUAGAAGUAAGGACUUGCCAGAUGAUCAUGCAGGUCCAAUCCGAAUGAUUAAUAUUGUAGGAAUUGACGAUAAUAUGUGUUGUGGAACACAUGUAUCAAAUCUCAGUCACCUGCAGGCUAUUAAAAUUUUGGGGACAGAAAAGGGUAAGAAGAAAAAAACAAACUUGUUUUUCCUGGUUGGGAACAGAGUGCUAAAAUAUGCAGAGAAAAGUCUUACAGUGGAAAAGGCACUGACAGCACUUCUCAAAAAUGGGCCAGAGGAGCAUGUUGAAGCUGUAGAAAGACUGCAAAAAUCAGUCAAAUUGCUUCAAAAGAGUAACCUGACUCUGCUGAAGGAUUUGGCUCUGUUGACAGUAAAGAACUUUAAGAGUGAUCCAAACAAGGGCAAGAUAUUUAUUUUGCAUAGGAAAGAAGGGGACAAUGAAUUUAUGAACAUUAUAGCAAAUGAAAUUAGCACUGAGGUCGUACUGGCGUUCUUAACAGUUGGAGAUGAAAAAGGAGCAGGAUUAUUCCUGUUAACAGGUCAAGUCGAUGCUGUUGAAGAAUUAGGAACAAAAGUUGCUGAAAUCCUUGAUGGAAGAGGAGCUGGAAAACAGGGUCGUUAUCAGGGGAAAGCAAACAAGAUGAGCAAACGGCCAGAAGUGGAGGCCCUGCUACAGCAAUAUGUGCUCAUGCUGGACACAAAAGAGGAAUGAACUUACACGGAAGGAAUUGAUGUAAAUUUAUAUGUUGGAUGUUUUAGUUUUAUUUGAAAAAUUAUUCCACUCCUUAAAUUAAUAUUUACAUAAAUUCAGUCUUACAGUAUGUUUUUUCUCACAACCAAGCUUGUAAAUUUGAUGUUAGUACUAAAUUGGCUCUGAAAGGAAGUGAGGUUACCUUCAGGGAGCACUGUUCCUCCUUCUUGACCCUAGACUUGGGCUGUAUAACACUGUAACUGUCGGUCAAUAUGAAGUGAAGCUGCCUUUGCACCAGUGGUGUAAUUUCAAUGAGUGUACCUGUAAUCACUCCAUUCCCUACCAAACAAACGUUUUGAUCUUGACGUCCAGUGCAAUAAAUAAAAUGUUUCUG